UCUCCCCCAAAAUUGCUGCCCGCCUGUCCUCCCAUUCCUGCCAACCCAUCAUUCUCCCUCGCUCCGAUUCCCGCGCCCACAAGCAGCGUCGCCUCUUUGUCCUUCUUUCUGAUCCAGACAAUUCCCGGCGAGUUUCGAGUUGAGAAAGCACACAGACUUCACAAUGGCCAGCGACGGCGUUAAGACCGGCGGGCUGUCCGCGAAUGAUAACAUUCGCCGUUUUGCUGCCCCUAGCCGGCCCCUCAGCCCACUCCCCGCCCAUGCUCUCUUCAACGACAAGACAAGAUGCUUUGUUUACGGUCUGCAGCCGCGUGCCGUACAAGGCAUGCUCGACUUCGACUUCAUUUGCAAGCGGUCGACCCCGUCUGUGGCCGGCAUCAUCUACACAUUCGGUGGUCAGUUCGUCAGCAAGAUGUACUGGGGAACCAGUGAGACGCUGCUUCCUGUGUACCAGCAGGUGUCGAAGGCGAUGGCCAAGCACCCUGAUGUUGAUGUGGUGGUCAACUUCGCGUCAUCUCGUAGCGUCUACAGCUCGACGAUGGAGCUGAUGGAGUACCCGCAAAUCAAGACGAUUGCGAUCAUCGCCGAGGGUGUUCCGGAGCGCCGGGCUCGUGAGAUCGCACAUGUAGCGCAGAAGAAGGGCGUCACAAUCAUUGGUCCCGCCACAGUUGGUGGUAUCAAGCCCGGCUGCUUCAAGAUUGGCAACACCGGUGGCAUGAUGGACAACAUUGUUGCCUCCAAGCUCUACCGCAAGGGCUCGGUCGGCUACGUCUCCAAGUCCGGCGGCAUGUCCAACGAGCUGAACAACAUCAUCUCGCAGAACACAGAUGGCGUUUACGAGGGGGUGGCGAUCGGUGGUGACCGGUAUCCGGGUACUACCUUCAUCGACCAUCUUCUGCGGUACCAGGCGGAUCCCGAAUGCAAGAUCCUCUUGCUUCUUGGCGAGGUCGGUGGUGUUGAGGAGUACAAGGUCAUCGACGCGGUCAAGAAUGGCGUAAUCACCAAGCCAAUUGUUGCGUGGGCCAUCGGCACUUGCGCCAGCAUGUUCAAGACUGAGGUUCAGUUCGGCCACGCUGGUGCUUUCGCCAACUCGCAGCUCGAGACGGCUGCGAUGAAGAACAAGAGCAUGCGGGAAGCGGGCUUCUACGUUCCCGACACAUUCGAGGAUCUGCCGGCCCUUCUCAAGUCCGUAUACGACAAGCUCGUCAAAGAGGGCACCAUCACGCCCAAGCCAGAGCCCGUCGUUCCCAAGAUCCCCAUCGAUUACUCGUGGGCCCAGGAGCUCGGCCUUAUCCGCAAGCCCGCUGCCUUCAUCUCCACUAUCUCCGAUGACCGUGGCCAAGAACUUCUCUAUGCUGGCAUGCCCAUCUCGGACGUUUUCAAGGAGGACAUUGGCAUCGGUGGCGUCAUGUCCCUGCUGUGGUUCCGCCGCCGCCUGCCUGACUACGCAUCCAAGUUCCUUGAGAUGGUGCUCAUGCUUACGGCCGACCAUGGUCCGGCCGUGUCUGGUGCCAUGAACACCAUUAUCACCACUCGUGCCGGCAAGGACCUCAUCUCUGCGCUGGUCAGCGGUCUGCUCACGAUCGGCUCUCGGUUCGGUGGUGCCCUGGAUGGUGCUGCUGAGGAGUUCACCAAGGCGUUCGACAAGGGCCUCAGCCCCCGUGAGUUCGUCGACAGCAUGCGCAAGCAAAACAAGCUGAUUCCGGGUAUCGGCCACCGUGUCAAGUCGCGGAACAACCCGGAUCUGCGUGUGGAGCUGGUCAAGGAGUAUGUGAAGGCCAAGUUCCCCAGCCACAAGAUGCUCGAUUACGCGCUGGCGGUUGAGACAGUCACGACCUCCAAGAAGGACAACCUCAUCCUGAACGUGGACGGCUGCAUUGCUGUCUGCUUCGUUGAUCUCCUCCGGAAUUGCGGCGCCUUCAGCACGGAGGAGGCGGAGGACUACCUCAGCAUGGGCGUGCUCAACGGCCUGUUCGUCCUCGGCCGCAGCAUCGGCCUGAUUGCCCACUACCUUGACCAGAAGCGUCUCCGCACCGGCCUGUACCGUCACCCGUGGGAUGAUAUCACGUACAUCCUGCCGAGCCUGCAGCAAAACGGCCCACCGGGCACUGAGGGCCGUGUGGAGGUGCAGAUGUAAAAGGGGCUACGGGUUUAUUCUUAGAUGGUCGAUGAUCUUAGGCGUGGUUUCCAAUUUACUUGGAACGGGCCAGCAAACAUGGUUUUCUGUCAUGAUGAAAUGAUGUGCCUCAACGCGGCG